GUGGGAGGGGCUCCGAUGUCAAACUGCGCCACAGCCUGGUGCGACCGUGGACAAAUUCUUCGAAGUAUGUGGAUGGAUUUAUUACUCUGGUCUGGAGACUGAAUAGGCCGUGGGACUUGUUUAAAGAUCACCGACUGACCCCGCCCUGUAAAGUCUAUAACUUCCUAAAGUUUUUACCCCGCGUCCUCUGCUGAACUGCGAGCACGAAUGAAUACCACGGAUAUUAAUAACUGGAUAGCCAACAAUCUUGUCUAAAUUGCUCAUGGAAGGCUGAGCGUCCAUUUUCCUCAUAUGGCCGGAGCUUGCUGCAAGUGUCCGGUCUCUCUCACGGUGUUCAAGCGCUCUCUCUGCGUCACCCCGCGGAGCCCUGGACCCGCUUCACGGUCCCUCCUCUCCGGGGGACGGCUGGGCGAGAGGGGCGUGCAGGAGGGAUGUUGGGCCGCCCGCCCCAGCGCUUUGCGGACAGUAGGCUCUUACCGACACCCCGUGUUUCUCUGUUUCUCUUGCCAGGAAUCCAUGAGUGAGAGCCUGCGGACAUGCUACCUCUAUCUGAACCAGACCAGUCGCAGUUUCGCCGCUGUUAUCCAGGCGCUAGACGGAGAGUUACGGUAAGUUUGCGUAACCUUGCCAACUUUGCUCUCCGACCAUGCCAUGCAGGUAAGGGGUGUGUCUCCAGCAUGUUGAAGUAAACAAGGAACCAUGACAGCUGAAUGUCAGCACUUUGGCAAAUACACGACAAAAAUGUGAUAGGCUAUUGGAACUUGGAGGAUUUUAGGGUAUUAUUAUUGACCCAGGAACAAUGGUCAGUUUUGACCUUGAGUUCACUUAUUUACCCCUUUAAAUCUUGAAAACAAACUGAUUUUAAAAUGACAGAAAAUAGUCUAAACUUGCCUAAAAGUGGUAAACGUAUAGACAAGUGUACAAGCUGUAGGCAAGUUGUAGGGCACUACUGUAACUGAACUGAUUUGCUGUUGGUGGAAUUCAACAUAACUGCUUAUAAUUAUAUUAGAGCCAGCCAUAUUCCCAUGCAGCAGCACUGUGUCUAUUUUAAUCCCACCGUUCAGUUUACAGAAGUGACACAGCUGGUUUUAAGUACAAAUUGUGUGUGUGUAUCUAUGUUUGUGUGUGUUCUGAAAGGUUGCUUACAGGUUUUUACAGCUGUCAUUCAAAUGGCAUGAGGUUUCCCUACACAGAGGACCUACAGUAGCUAGUUCACACUUUGUUGAGACAUGAGUCCCUGCAGUAAAAUGAAUUAAGCUUCAUACCAUACAUGUACAUCACAUGUCAAGUGUUACAUUAAAGUUCAAUAUUAGUGUCAGCGCUUUCCCGCAUGCCGGUGUUGGUGUCAGCCUUUUUCUGCUCACUCUGUAAUAGUUAGGUUUUCAGUGAGCAGGUCCUAACCUUUUCAACGCAAAUGAAACACUCACAUUGAUAUUUGUAUUGAAAUCAAUGGAACCAUGAUGACGAGAAACAAUUCUGGGCUCUUCCUACAAACAUCUCUAGCCUAAAUACCACACACGGAUUUGAGAGUCAAAUUACCCCUGUUGCUAUUUAGAAAUCGAUGUGAGAAUAUGAUUUGCCGAAGUUAACCAGUAGAAAAUGUCUUAACCAGUACUGGUUAACUUUGGCUAAUCAUAUUUUCACAACAAUUUCUAAAGUGACAGGGGUUGGCACUAAUUUGUGUGAUAGUGUGACCCUCAAAUCCGUGUGUGGUAUUGAGGCCAGAGAUGUUUUUUGGAGGAGGAGCCCCCAAAUUUUUCUUGCCACUGUGGUCUAGAAAAUGACAGGCGUGUUCUAAUGCUGCAUUCAUAACCAAGUGGGAAGGUAGAUAUUAAUUGUUGUGAAGUCAUAAAUACCAGUCGGAUGCAUUCACGUGUUUUGAACUCGUUGAGAAAUGCAGAUUGGCUAAUGGCCAACAAACUGCGUCAACUAUAAAUUAUAGUACAUCUAUCAUGCUCCUAUUAUAGUGUUAAAAAAACAUAUUAAUAGAUUGCUUUUUAUAAAUAAUGUUUAGUUGUUGCAUUGAACUGCCGAAAAUGCUGUAAUCGAGGUAAUUUCCUUCGUAGGUGACGUCAGACGUCAGCGUGUGGGAGAAGUCGAAGCUCAGGGAUGAUAGGCGAGUUUCCCACUAGUAACUACCAGUUGGAGGGGCAUUCAAGUGGAUUUUUCCCAGUUGUAUGUGGUAAAUUCGACCUUCCCAAUUGAUUAUGAACGCAGGGUAAGACCUGCCACCGAAAAGGCAUUUGAUAAAGUACGACUGGGGUUUAUAUAUAAAUGCCUGGAGCAUUUCAAUUUUGGUGAAUCUCUUAUAAAAUUGGUCAAAAUCAUGUAUAGUAACCCUAGGUGUAAAAUAGUAAAUAAUGGCUAUUUCUCAGAAAGUUUUAAACUGUCAAGAGGAGUGAAACAAGGUUGUCCACUAUCGGCAUAUCUACAGUGGGGAAAAAAAGUAUUUAGUCAGCCACCAAUUGUGCAAGUUCUCCCACUUAAAAAGAUGAGAGAGGCCUGUAAUUUUCAUCAUAGGUACACGUCAACUAUGACAGACAAAAUGAGAAAAAAAAUCCAGAAAAUCACAUUGUAGGAUUUUUAAUGGAUUUAUUUGCAAAUUAUGGUGGAAAAUAAGUAUUUGGUCAAUGACAAAAGUUUCUCAAUACUUUGUUAUAUACCCUUUGUUGGCAAUGACACAGGUCAAACGUUUUCUGUAAGUCUUCACAAGGUUUUCACACACUGUUGCUGGUAUUUUGGCCCAUUCCUCCAUGCAGAUCUCCUCUAGAGCAGUGAUGUUUUGGGGCUGUCGCUGGGCAACACGGACUUUCAACUCCCUCCAAAGAUUUUCUAUGGGGUUGAGAUCUGGAGACUGGCUAGGCCACUCCAGGACCUUGAAAUACUUCUUACGAAGCCACUCCUUCGUUGCCCGGGCGGUGUGUUUGGGAUCAUUGUCAUGCUGAAAGACCCAGCCACGUUUCAUCUUCAAUGCCCUUGCUGAUGGAAGGAGGUUUUCAAUAAAUACUAUUGUGGCCAUCGAGAUGUUAGCUAUUAAAAUCAGAUCCAACAAUAAUAUCAGGGGAUUAGAAAUCCAGGGCUUAAAAACAAAGGUGUCAUUGUACGCUGAUGAUUAAUGUUUUCUUUUAAAUCCACAACUAGAAUCACUCCACAGCCUCAUAGAGGAUCUAGAUACAUUUUCUAACCUCUCUGGAUUACAACCAAAUUAUGACAAAUGUACUAUAUUACCUAUUGGAUCAAUAAAAAAUACAAUUUUUACUUUGCCAUGUAGUUUACCAAUAAAAUGGUCUGAUGGUGAUGUGGAUAUACUCGGAAUACAUAUCCCAAAGGAAAUAAAUGAUCUCACUUCAAUAAAUUAUAAUAGAAAGUUAGCAAAACUAGAUAAGAUCUUGCUACCAUGGAAAGGUGGGUGCCUGUCAGUUUGUGGAAAAAUCACCCUGAUUAACUUUUUAGUAUCAUCCCAGUUUACCUAUUUGCUUAUGGUCUUGCCUAUGCCUAGCGAACAGUUUUUUUAAUUAUAUGAGAAAAAAAUAUUCCAUUUUAUUUGGAACGGCAAGGCAGACAAAAUUAAACGGGCCUAUUUAUAUAAUGAAUAUGAAUUCGGAGGACAGAAAUUAUUAAAUAUUAAAACAUUAGACCUAUCACUUAAAGCUUCAGUCAUACAAAAGUUAUAUUUAAAUCCGAACUGGUUCUCUAGCAAAUUAGUAAGAUUGUCUCACCCAAUGUUCAAGAAUGGCAUUUUUGCCUUUAUUCAGAUUACAACCACACACUUUCAGUUAUUUGAAAAGGAAAUAAUCUCCCAGAUAUCACUAUUUCUAAAACAAGCCAUAGAAAGUUGGUUGCAAUUUCAAUUUAAUCCUCCAGAAACGACAGAACAAAUAAUGCAACACAUAUUGUGGUUAAACUCAAAUAUACUAAUUGACAAAAAAACUUUUUUUUUUGACAAAAUGUUUAAAAAAGCUAUAAUCUUUGUAAAUGAUAUAAUCGGUAGGACUGGUGGAGUUAUGUCGCACAUGCAGCUAACAAAAACAUAUGGAAAUGUCUGCUCUACCCAAAAUUACAACCAAAUAAUUGCAGCCUUACUGCAAAAAUGGAAGAGGAAAGUGGAAGGAGGAGAAAGUAAGGAACUUGUCUGUCGGCCUUGCAUUAAAGAACAUAAAUGAUAAAUAAAAAGGUAUAUCAGUUUCAUUUAAGGACCAAGGCAUUGACAGCCGUCCCAUAAAGAUUGCAAAAUAGUUGGGAAGAGAUUUUUGACGUACCGAUCCCAUGGCAUAGUGUUUAUGAACUGAUACGCAAAAUGACACCGGAUUCAAAACAUAUAAUCUUUUAAUUUAAAAUAUUAUAUAAAAUUCUUGCUACCAAUAGAAUGUUAUUUAUAUGGGGGAUACAAUCUUCCAAGCUCUGCAGAUUUUGCUGCGAAGAGACAGAAUCAUUAGAUCAUUUGUUUUGGUACUGUCCAUUUGUAGCUUGUUUUUGGACACAGGUCCAGGAAUGGCUAAAGGAUUGCAAUAUUUACCUGGAGCUAACCCUGCAGAUAGCACUACUGGGUGAUCUGAAAAGUCAUAGUCAAUCGAUCAAUAACAUAAUAAUACUAUUAGCAAAAAUGUUUAUUUUCAAUUCACAAUCUGUAGAAACAAUGAGAAUAGAAAGGUUCAGAACUUUUGUAAGACAUCACAGUACAGUUGAAAUAUAUAUGGCAAAUAGAAAUCCUAUAUGGAUGGUGUUAAAAGAUAGAUGGGAGGUGUUGAAUGGAAUUGAAGGAUGGGACUAAUAACAACUAACAACAAACAAUAACAAGAUAACUAAUAAUGUAGGCACGCUGUGUCCAUAAUAAGUGUAUGGGUUGUAGAUUGGGAGCUUUUGUGAAGGAGCACAGUUAGAAAGAUAUGACAUAUAGAAGCAAACCGGAUGGACAUCAUGAAAAUGAUCAAAGAGGUUGAGAGUAGAAGAAGUUCAGGAGAAAGAACAAACAAAAUAUAAUGACUGUAAAAUUGACUGUGUCCAUAAAAUGUAGAUAGUGGGUAUGGGCUGGAAGUAGAGGCCUAGGCGUUGUUGUUCACUAGUUUACUUCAAGUGGGGAACGGGUGGCGGGGUUGGAAAGUAAUAAAGGGGAAUAUAUAUAUUUUUUAAAGGAUAUGUGUGUGUAUGUAUAUAUAUAUUAACAUGGGGGAUUGGAAGUGAUGCAGACAAUUACAUUGAUAGAAGUUACAAUCUAUCUGCAAUAUUAAGCUGAUCCAUUCCCCCCCCCCCCCCCCCCCCAAAAUAAAAAAGACCUGCCACUGACAGGCAAGCAAUCGAUGUUGUGUAAUUGUGAUUACUGUAAACAUUUAUACUAUCAUCACCAAUCUGAGGUGAAAAGGAUGUUUAUUUCCUGUAAAUAUUGUGUGGUGAAAAUCUUAGUCUGUGUAAUGUAGUAACACGUUCUGUCCACCAUAGGGAAAUUAGCGUAAUAUAAAAUAAUUCAAUAUGUCAAACUAAUUCAAUAUUUCGAUUUAGGAUGAUAGUAAAUUAAGCACACUCAUAGAUUUUUACAUACAUUUCUUACUACUUUAACCAUGGAGAGAGUUAAAAAAAUACUCCUAAACACAAUUUCACCGAGCGCUCUAGACUAGAGCUUCAAAUCAAAUCACAUUUUAUCUGUCACAUGCGCUGAAUACAACAGGUGUAGUAGACCUUACCGUGAAAUGCUUACUUACAAGCCCUUAACCAACAAUGCAGUAAAAAAAAAAAAAGGGUUAAGAAAAGAUUUACUAAAUACAAUUUAAAAGUAACAAUAACAGGGUGUACUGGUAUCGAAUGCGCGGGGGUACAGGUUAGUCGAGGUAAUUGAGGUAAUAGGUACAUGUAGGUAGGGGUAAAGUGACUAUGCAUAGAUAAUAAACAGCGAGUAGCAGCAGUGUAAAAAAAAGAAGCAACCUGAACCUUUGACGUCCCUAGUAAGGGGCGACGUGAACCUUUGAUGUCCCUAGUAAGGGGCGACCUGAACCUUUGACGUCCCUAGUAAGUGGGGACUCUCCAGCCUGUCGAAGUAAGGAAUCAUGACACCAAUGACAGCUGAAUGGCAGCACUUUGGCACAUGUCAGACAAAAUUAGAUAUUGGAACUUGGAGGAUUUUAGGUUAUUUUUAUUAUUGACCCUGGAACAUGUGAUCAGUUUUGACCUUGAGUUCACUUCUUUACCGCUUUAAAUCUUGAAAACAAACAGAUUUUGAUAUGACAGUAAAAUAGCCUAAACUACAAGUAACAAACAUACAGUAUAGACUGCAAGUGCACAAGCUGUAGGCAAGUUUUAGGGCAGGCCUGCGGUAAGUGAACUGAUUUGUUGGUGUUGGAAUUCAAUGUAAACUGCUUGUAUUACAGCCAGUCGUAUUCCCAUGCAGCAACAUUAAGUCUAAUCCCACCGUUCAGUUUACAGAAGUGACACAGGUUUUUACAGAUGCCAUUCAAAUGGCAUGCCGUUUCCCUACACAGAGGACCUACAGUAGCUAGUUCACACACAAGUCCCUGCAGUAAAAUGAAUUAAACUUCAUACCAAACAUCACAUGUCAAGUGUUACAUUAAAGUUCGAUAUUGGUGUCUGUCAGCUCCUUCCUGCAUGCCCAGGGUUGGUGUCAGCCCUUGCCUGCUCACUCUGUAACGGUUAGGUUUUCAGUGAGAAGGUCCUAAUCUUCUCAAAGAAGUGAAUUCUUCCCCUGUCCCUUCUUUUUGUCCAGGCAUGCGGUUUGUAUCUUCUACCUGGUCCUACGGGCCCUUGACACGGUGGAAGAUGAUAUGACCAUCCCUCUGGAGAAGAAGGUGCCAAUGCUGAAUGACUUCCACACCUACCUUUACCAGGCCAACUGGUGUUUCACUGAGAGCCACGAGAAGGACAGGCAGGUCCUGGAAGACUUCCCAACGGUCAGUGGAACCCCUGACACCACUGCGUACUAUAUAACCCUACAUAAAGUGUAAAAAACUGUUGGUCGCUAAAUCCGUCAAAGACUAGGAACAUGUAUAAACGGCUAUCUGGAGCUCGUCUGAGGGGUUGGCUUCUGAGUUGUCACCACUAGUUACUUAAAACUGAUUCAGUUAGAUCUGCAAACUAUAGUGUUGUCUGGUUAGAACAUUAUGUUGAGGCCCAUUACUUUAGACUUUUUCACCACCACAUGCGGACACAGCUGCUUCCAUUAGAGGUAUUUUAUGUGGUUCUAAAAAGGGAGAAACACUACAAUCUUGAGGACCCAUUACAAGAAACUAAGAUAAACACACAUGCAAUAAUAUACAAAGGUAGAGAGAUGUGUAAACAUGACAUAAUAUAAGCAUACUGGUGAUUGCAAUGAUAUUAACAGGGAUAUUUACACACUAGUGCUAAAUCUUAUUUAGCAGGCCUUUGGUGGCACUAUCAUAAAUAAUCACUGCAUGCGUGGGUGCCCAGAAGGGACUGGAACCUUCUAGAUGCUUCCAGAAUCUCUAUACUGACUUGCGCAAAUCACUACAGCAGUAUGUAGGCUAUAAACAUUGCAGCGAUAGCAUACAACAAUACACACUGGCAAUACAAUAAGGACCAGGCCUAUUGGCAUUCUAUAAAAGCACAUAGCAAUGAAAACCACACUGAUAGAAAAUAGCAUGCACGGUGUGCAUACAAACAUUCCUCUCUAAUCCAAACCAACAGUAGAGCUAGCAGCUGAAGGCUAGAAAACAACACUAACUUAUCUUAUCUACAAAGUUACACUGCACGAUAAGGUAACCAUAACUCACUUACACUGAGUAUACCAAACAUUAGGAACACCUUCCUAAUAUUGAGUUGAACCUCCCCCCUUUUGCCCUCAGAACAACCUGGAUUCGUCAGGGCAUGAACUCUACAAGGUGUCUAAAGCGUUCCACAGGAAUGCUGGCCCAUGUUGACUCCAAUGCUUCCCACAGUUAUGUUAAGUUGGCUGGAUGUCCUUUGGGUGGUGGACCAUUCCCGAAUACACAUGGAAAACUGUUGAGCGUGAAAAACCCAGCAGCAUUGCAGAUCAUGACACACUCAAACUUGUGUGCUUGGCACCUACUACCAUACCCUGUUCAAAGGCACUUAAACCUUUUAUCUUGCCCAUUCACCCUCUGAAUGGCACACAUACACAAUCCAUGUCUUAAUUGUCUCAUGGCUCAGAAAUCCUUCUUUAACCUGUCUCUGCCCCUUCAUCUACACUGACCUGAAGUGAAUUUAACAAGUGACAUCAAUAAGGGAUCAUAGCUUUCACCUGGAUUCACCUGGUCAGUCUAUGUCAAGGAAACAGCAGGUGUUCUUAAUGUUUUGUAUGCUCAGUGUAUAUUACACCCAAUAGCAUUUCCAACACUUACUUGUCAAUGGAUGCACAACACCUCAGAUAGGAACAGCAUGUGAAAGUCUGUCAGCAACACAACUAUUUGCUUCUUCUUUUGCAAUGGAAAAACAUGCACUAACUAAAGGUGAGCGGAGCCAGUGUCCUGCAGUGCAUCGAAGCUCCCUGAUUGGUUGGAUGAAUAGAGGUCUGAAGGGUGAUUGACAGGGCUACAGGCCAGUCCGGUUGAAUGAGCCUGCCUUUUUUACAUAAGGAUUACAUAACACUGUCAUAACAAUGAAAUAUGUAACAGACAUCAUACAAUGGGCAUCAUCAUGCUUUGUGUGUGUAUUUAAAUUAAUCUAUUUUCUGUUCAGAUUUCCUUGGAGUUCAGGAACCUGGGUCAGGCAUACCAGGAUGUGAUCUCAGAUAUCUGCCACCGCAUGGGAGUCGGAAUGGCUGAGUUUCUGGAGAAGAAAGUGGGCUCCAUGAAGGAGUGGGACCAGGUAAAUGUUACCUUAACAUUAGGCAAGCAUUAUACAAGUGUUAGACUAACAGCUCCACAUUAGCUGGUUAGUAACCUAGUAGGGCUGGGAAUUCCCAGGGACCUCACAAUACGAUAUUAUUACGAUACUUAGGUGGCGAUACGAAAUGUUUUGCGAUUCUCACGAUUCUAUAUGUAUUGAGAUUUGAUACUGUGAUUUAAUUGCGAUUCGAUGUUCCAAACAUUGCUCACCAAAUGUCUGCUGCAGAGACGAGAUAGCAUUUCAUCUGUCAUGGAAAUAAAAGUGUAAACAAAACAAAACAAAUUUGCUCCCUAUUUAAAAAGAUGGAGAACAAGCUAUGAAGGAAAAAUACUGGAGUUUUGGUGCAGGUACAGCCAACUAGCGCAAAAAUAAUAUUGUGUGAUAUUGUCAAAACGAUAGGAUACCAUAUAUUGUCAAAUAAUCUCCCGAUCUGUAACUGUAUCGACCCCCCCCCCCCCCCCCCAUCACUAUAGCCUAGUGGUAGCCUGAGGUGUAUCUAAUGACAAAUGAUAGCUUGAUGCUACAUGAAAGUCACUUAAACCCACUGAUUUCUUCACUUCACACCAGUCUGUAAUAGAUUUUUGAGUGCUGAAUACAUGUGUAUUAACAUUACCCCCCCCCACCCCCCUCCUCUCUCACUGUGCAGUACUGUCAUUAUGUGGCAGGGCUGGUGGGUAUAGGUCUGUCCCAGCUGUUCUCUGCCUCCCAGCUGGAGGACCCAGAGGUGGGCAGAGACACAGAGCUGGCCAACUCCAUGGGCUUAUUCCUCCAGAAGACCAACAUCAUCAGAGACUACCUGGAGGACAUACAGGUGGCCAGGGCCUUCUGGCCACAAGAGGUAAUUACACACUGUGUGUGUGUGUGUGUGUGUGUGUGUGUGUGUGUGUGUGUGGUUAAUGUGUGUGUUGCAUGUCCCUCUGAAGGCAUGGAGUCAGUUUGCGUGUCGUCUGGAGGACCUGGCAGAGCCUGAUCAGCUGACCUCAGCCCUGUCCUGUCUCAACCUGCUGGUGACAGACGCCCUGCGCCACGUCCCUGAUGUAAUCACCUACCUGGCACGCCUACGCAACCAGAGCGUCUUCAACUUCUGCGCCAUACCACAGGUAAAUGUUACCAUUGAAAUGUUACGUUUCAAAGUACAUUCCCACUGGAGAAAGCUGCUAGUUACAUUUCAUAUAACAUGUUUUCAUUCCUGGUUGUUUGAGUCAGGAUCCUCAGGAAGUAUUUUAUUUUGCUGUACUGUAUGUCUCAAUGUUGUCCCCCUCCUGUCCAGGUGAUGGCGAUAGCGACCCUCUCAGCCUGUUACAACAACCCUCAGGUAUUCCAGGGCGUGGUGAAAAUCAGGAAGGGUCAGGCCGUCACCCUCAUGAUGCAAGCCACCAACAUGGGCGCCGUGCAAAGCAUCAUGGCCCAGUACAGCCAGGAGGUGUGUGUGUGUGUGUGUGUGUCAUGUAUUCAAAUGUGUUUGUUUGUGUUAUUGUGCAUCUGAGUGUGUGUUCUUACUUUAUGUUUGUGUGUUUUCUGAUCUCUCUCCAUCUCUUGCUCUCUUUCUCUUUCUCUCUCGCUCUCUCUCUCUCUCCAGAUGCUACAGAGGGUGUCCCUGACAGAUCCAUCCCGGGACAAAACCCUGUGUAUCCUGGGUGCGAUCCAGGAGAGGACUCUCUCCCAAGCCACCCUGGCCUCCCGGACUGCCCACCUCUCCCCCAUGUACCUCUCCGCUGCCAUGAUCCUCGCCGCCCUCAGCUGGCAGUACCUAAGCACUACAGCCGGACAACCUCCAGGCACUGCUGACAUGCAGGGCCAUUGA